UUUCCACGCACCCACAGACUCUUCUGACAGAACCUCUGCAGCUUUGAAAAAGAGCAUCCACCAUUGCCAUGAAGCAGAGAAGUACUUUCGUUCUCUUUGUUUGCAUUUUUCUUUUGGUUUGCGAUAUCGAUUGUAGACCGGAUGAGAAAGAUACAGAGGAGGAAGGUAGCAGUGCCAAAGACGGGUUAAUUCUCCCCGAGCAUGAGCAUAGACUAGAAAAAGAAGCCGAUCAGCUCCACGGAAAAGAAAAAGAGGACAAAAUGAAGCACACGUCUGAUUCCCAUGAGCACAUAAGACAAAGACGCCAAGCCAAUGUAACAAAACAGGUGCCUCAAUCACAACAGCCAGGGAUUGCAGGUGGCACCACCUAUAUCAGAUGGGGGAGAACAAGUUGUCCAGAAGGAACACAUCUCAUCUACAAUGGCAUCCCUGCUGGGUCCUGGUAUAAACACACUGGCAGUGGUAGCAACUAUCUCUGCCUGCCACACCACCCUGUAUGGGGUAAUCACAAUGAUGGCUUUCAAUCACAUUCCUACAUAUACGGCGUUGAGAUGCAGUUGGACAGCAAUGACCCCUUCCUGAAGACAAACACUCCCGAAACAGCAAGACUGAACCAGGAGACCGCAGUCUGUGCUUUGUGUUACGUCCCCACACGCGCGACCACAGUGAUGAUUCCCGCCAUGAAAGCGUGUCCAGUUGGCUGGACCAAAGAGUACAAUGGGUACAUUAUGUCUGACCAUCACGGUAACCACAGGUCCGAGUACGUAUGUGUGGACGAGGCCCCCGAAGUUAACGAAGGAGGGGAAGGGGAUCAGAAUGGGGCCUUGUGGUAUGUCGUGGAAAGUGGCUGCGGUACUCUCCCCUGUCCUAACUAUGUAUCUGGAAGAGAACUCACGUGUGUUGUCUGUACUAAGUGAUCAGUGACUGCUCACAUGUUUAUGCUCGCAGCUUGAACAGUAAUAAUCAGGACUACAUACCUGAUUUAUUUUAAAGCAUUUUACAGGGUACAUGUUGUACUGACUAUCUACACGAUUCACGUGUAAGAAAUUUACAAUGCCAACAGAAUGGUUCUCCACAUGCAGAAUCUUCCCCCAACUAGAAUAAAUGUUUUAAAAAUGUGUUAGGUGUGAACAUCUACAGGUAGUAUUAAGUUUUGAGAUGUGUCAGAUUUAGUAAAGAAAAAAAUCGUUAUUUGUGACUAUUUAUGUAGUGAAACAUUAUUAAAUUUGUCAGUAUAGAUUGUGAAGAAAAUAAAACUGCGAACAU